AUGGAUAGAAUACCAAGACCAGUUCUUUCUGAAAUUUUGAGUCAAGUUGGUGCAAUUGAUCAAAUUAUUACUCUCUCUAUGGUUUGCAAAAAAUGAAACAAAAUAAUUUCUAACUGAAAUCAUGAAAUAUCUUUCCAAAAUAUCCCCUAUUAUAAAGCUGAACCUUGGAUAAUUCGUUCAUAUAUAACAUAUGUGCUAACAGAUAAAUUCUUGAAAGAUAAGUGAAAAUUAGUAUCGCUUGACCUUAAAAGUGUGAAUGUGAAUGUAAGAUUCUAUAAUUAAAUCAGCCUUUCGAGAGAAGUUAACUUUACUCAUUUUCUCCCUCAUAGAAUUUUAUUUAUGGGGUUUGCUUUUGUUGGGAGAACUGUGCAGCAGCAAUUUAACUUUAAUUGUAAAAGUUUGAGGAAUUUUCAGCUUGAUCAGAAUGAGCUCUACCUGCUUCCUAGGUGGUGUGUCUCAGUAUCCAUCUUCUACCAACGCUAAGAUUUUAUUUCUAUUAAGAAUGCAAGAAUUCUAGCAAAUUUAAUCAUCGCGCAGCCAAAUCUUAGAAAAUUGAAUUUAUGCAACUCCAGAACAGAUUUUAAAAAGCUUUAUCAUUUGCUAAGUCUCAAAAAGUCUGAAUGCUUAAAAUUAAACAAAAUUGAAAUUUUCUUUCAACUUGAAGAGCUAAUAUGUACUAAUCUGAUUUCAUUUGGACAAUACCUGCUUGAUUUUCUAAAAAUGUUUCCAAAAUUAAAAAAACUGAAAAUCGGAAAUUGCAGUAUAACAAUAGAUUUAUUUAUAUUUAUAUUACAAAAUUUCAAAAAUAUAGAGUUCAUAGAAGCUUCUUUAACAAGCCAAAUAAAUUCAUCUAAAUUAGAAGUUUUAAAAGGUGCUCUCCAAAAUUCAAAUUUAAAAUUUUGACUUGUAAAUGCUCCCAGUGAAUCAAUAUUUUUGUUUAAAGAUAUUAAAACUUGCGUAUACAAUUAUGAUGUUUGAUUGAAGAAAGAGCUCGAUUUGGAAGAAAUACAGAAAUGAUUAAAACUUGGAGGAGAUAUAAACUCAUGCUACAAAUUUAUAAACAAUCUGAUUGAAAAAUAUGAUGAUGAUUUCCUUAUUCAAGCUUUCCAAGUAUUUAAUAAAAACGGACUUGAUAAAUGAUUUCAUCAGUAUAGUCAGUUCUCUCCAAUUAACUAUUGUAAUUAUAUUGCUAAUGCUGCGUUAAAAAGAAAAAUAAAAUUAUUUUGAUAUCUUUUUGAUAUGGGCUUCCAUUUUUUUGAUUGCGAAUGCUUUAAUAUUCUGAUUUCUUGCCCAGAAAUUAUCAAUGAAUUAAAAAUUAAUCAAAAAAGUAAAAUAAAGUUUUCAGGCGAAAAAAUUUAUAAAGCUGCACAGUUUUUUAUGAUAAAGCAUAACGAAAAAUAUUUAAUGCCUUUAAUUGAUCUCAUGACUCCUAUAAAGCUUGGUUAUAUAGAAGAAAAAAUUAUUAAAAAAAAUAGAUUUCCUCCAUCCAAAAAAAAAUUUGAAAUACCUAACUACUAUAAAGAAAUCUCUGGACUUUUCCAUAUUCCAGAUAUUGAGCCAUUAAUAUCUGUUGCAGCCAUUCUUGGGUUGAAAAAUAUAAUUGCAGCACUAAUUCAUGCUGGAUUUAAUAUAGAUGCUAGAGAUUCGAUGGGCAAUACAGCUCUUUGUCAUGUUGCUAAGUAUGGGAGUAUUGAUAUUUUGAAAUAUUUAAUCGAAAACGGAGCAGAUAUAAAUAAUGCUAUAAAUAUAAAAAAAAGUAAGUCACCAAUAAAAAUGGCUAUUGAGAAAGGAAGAGCAGAUUCUGUUAUUGAAUUGAUUAAUUCAGGUGCUGAUCUUUUAAGCAAAGAUAAUAAUGGUCUCACAGCUUUAGAAUAUGCUAGUAAUUUGAAUAUGCUUGAUAUAGUGGAGAUAUUAAAAGAAGCUGCAGAAAAUAGAGAAAAUAAUUAA